AAUUGUCGCAACUCUUGUAGAAAGCCAUCAAUUAUGUCGUCUGAUGCUCCAACGCCGUCUGCGACCGAGGCAGCUUCGAUUGAAGUGAAAGGGGAGGAAAAGGUAGCUGAGGAAAGCAAUGCGCCAACCACCACGCAGGACACCGAUAUGAACCCUGCGAACCCUCCAGAAGCUACCCCCUCUGCUGCCACUCCCGCACCCUCAACCCAACAGGGUUUGACUAAACAGGAAAAUGAGCAGCUAGAUGGGAUACUGAGACGGCUGAGCGAUGCCCGAGAUCCCGAGGAGUGAGUGUGCUGCUUGGGGAAUCAAUGGCGCAAGUUGUAUUGACGUGUGGUAAUAGUCCUGAUCGUGAAAUCGCCCUCGCAUUUCAACGGAUGCUCAAUAAACGAACUUACCCGGAUUACUUUCGCAUAAUCAAAGACCCCAUCGCGUUUAGUACCAUUCGAGUAUGUAAAUAUUGAAAAUGGCUUUCCCCGUCGUACUAACAAACCCAGAUGAAAAUCAACAAGAAACAGUAUAAGCACCAGAAAGAGUUCAUUCGAGACUUUGCCCAAGUGUUCCACAAUGCCAUGGUCUACAAUCGUCCCUCUUCCGAAGUCUACCAAGAUGCGAUUGCACUGCAGGGUCUUUUGGUGAAGGAGUUGGAAAAGUUGGUUGGAGAGAAGGUGAUAACUGCAGAAGAAGCGGCGCUUCCAGAUUUGGGCGAAAUCCCAGAAGCGGAACCUUCACCUCCUCGAGAUCCGGAUGAGGAGGACGAGGAAGAAGAUGCUGAGCCGGAACCAGAAGAGGAAGAAGAGGAAUCGGAAGAGGACGAAGAGGAAGAUGUUACAGAUGAUGACCGGCCUCGAGGACGACGCAAGAGAGGGCGCAGAUCGUCGGGUGCCAAUAAACGCGAGAAGAGACAAGAGAGUGAAAGCAAGGAGGACCCCGAAUCGCAAAAGAAACGAGGAAGGCCGCCAAAGGUUCACACUCCUAUGGAAGCCCGCAUAAACACAAUCCUCAAGACACUGCGAAAGUUUAAGAACGAUAACAAUGAGCUGAAGGUGCUACAUUUCGAGAAGUUGCCGGAUAAGACGGUGAUGCCGGAGUAUUAUCAAGAGAUCAAGCAUCCAAUUGCCAUGGACACGAUCAAGAAGAGGGCGAAGAGAAAGAAUUACCAGUCUGUAGACCAAGUAAUGAAGGAUCUAGACUUAAUGUUUGAGAAUGCUAAAUCAUACAAUUUGGAGGAUAGUCAGGUGUAUAAGGAUGCAGUGGAUUUGCAAAAGGAAGCAAAGACCAUUGCUGAACAGGAGAAGCAAAAGCCUGAUGAGGACUUUGCUGAUGAGGAUGGUCGUUUACCAUUGUCCGAGAUUCUGCACAACGGGGAACUGUGGAAAGUAGGGGACUGGAUACAUUUAGCCAACCCCAACGAUGUCACGAAACCCAUCGUCGCUCAAGUCUAUCGCACCUGGCAGGAUCCAACAGGCCAGAAAUGGAUCAAUGCAUGUUGGUAUUAUCGACCAGAGCAGACGGUACACAGGUAUGAAAAGCACUUUUUUGAAAAUGAAGUUGUCAAGACAGGUCAGUAUCGCGAUCACAAGAUUGACGAGGUGGUGGAUCGAUGUUUUGUCAUGUUCUUUACGAGAUUCAACAAGGGCCGGCCUCGUGGAUUUCCAGCCGACAAAGAGGUGUAUGUCUGCGAGGCUCGAUAUAAUGAGAUGCAGCACAAGUUGAAUAAGAUCAAGACUUGGGCGAGUUGUGUGCCAGACGAGGUGCGGGAGAAGGACUAUGAGAUGGAUCUGUUUGAUGUGCCCAGGUCGACAAAGAAGGUUCCGAGCCCCAUCAAACAUUUGCUUCGAGAAGAUGCAAAAGAAGACGAUCCGUUGCCCAAGCCGACUUGGGGAGCCCCCAAUGCUCCACCGAUCGUGGGUGCUGUCCACAGACGCCCCCGUGAAGCGAACGUAAGUUUUUGAUGUUCCUGCUCCAGCUAAUCCCAAUCCUAAUCUUUUAUCUUCAACCACCCACCCACUCAACCACCAACCACCAAGCAUCGCAUCGCAUCGUAUCGCACGCUAAUUAGAUAAAGGAAUCCCCUCCACCCGAGCCAACACCUUCACCACCACCGCCCGAGCCAGAACCUGUUCGCCGACCCAUCACGAGUGAACGCCCGCGAUACGAUAGAGAAACCUCGCUGGCGCGCACCCAUUCCAACGCUGCGCUUCCAUCCCCCAUGACGGGUCACAGUCCCCUUCCCGCCCAGUACGGGCAACAAUUUCCCUCCGCCGCUCGCCCAUCGCACUCCCCUGCGCCAUCACAUCAAAUGUCUUAUGGAGCUGUCGCCCAUAGCUCUUCCGCCCACCCUGCUGUAACCCACACCCCGCAUUAUCAAACAAGCUAUGCUCCUCAAUACACCUCUGGCGCGACUCCGAUUGCACAACCCGGUUUUGGUCAUUAUGGAGGCAACAACGCUGGAACUCCAGUCCGCCACAUAAACCCGGCUCAGGUACCUCAUCAAGCUCACAACGCCUACAACCCUCCUCGUCCUGUCGAAGUCUAUCACUUGCCCGAACCAGCCAACUUUUCCAUCCCACCUGAAAUCAGAAGUCAAUUUCAACAAGAUGAAUAUGGUCGUGUUCUCUUCUUCACCGCCCCUCCUCUUGACGCCAAUCCAAUUCCAGAGGAGAAGCGCAAUUUAACGCACAGCUUGCGAUACCUCGCCGACAAAGCACGUGCCAAGGAAGAGGAAGAAAAGAAGCGCAAGGCCCGAGAUGCUGAACUUGAAGCUGAGGCAAAUGCAAAGGCGAAGCGCAUGAAGGCCGACCAUGUUGAAGGCGAGAAGCAAGUUCUUGAAUCACAACUCAGUGUCUUCGAAGCCUGGACCAAGAACAUGGAACAAGGUACUGAUGAUUUGUACAAGCAAAUGCAUGGUGACGAUUGGAAGCAGGCUCGAGAAGCGGAUCUGGCCAAACUUGCUAUCAAGCAGCAAGAAGCUUUACAAAAGGCGCAGGAGGUUGAGAAGUUUCAUGAGACUAGUAAGAAGAUGAGAGAGGUUAAGGUUUCGGGCUUCACGUGGGUUUAGGAAAGAAAAGAACUUUGUGCUACCGUAGGUACGGGAGCACGCAUUCUAUGGAUUCUCGGGAUCCUUGAAGCGCCGUUUUGUGGAACGGGAUGGAGUUGCAGGGUAGACCAGGUUGUACUGUACUGUACUGUACUUGUAUUUUAGGAUGUGCCCCCAAAUUUGAGAUUGAGACCAGAGCGGAGGCUGGGACUGAGGCUGAGGCGUAUGGGUGGGGU